AUGUACAAGACCGUGACAGACCCUCCACCGCCCCAGACCGUGACAGACCCUCCACCGCCCCAGACCGUGACAGACCCUCCACUGCCCCAGACCGUGACAGACCCUCCACCGCCCCAGACCGUGACAGACCCUCCACCGCCCCAGACCGUGACAGACCCUACCGCCCCAGACCGUGACAGACCCUCCACCACCCCAGACCCUCCACCGCUCCAGACCGCUCCAGACCCUCCACCGCUCCAAUCCGUGACAGACCCUCCACCGCUCCAGACCGUGACAGACCCUCCACCGCCCCAGACCGCUCCAGACCUUCCACCGCCCCAGACCGUGACAGACCCUCCACCGCCCCAGACCGUGACAGACCCUCCACCGCCCCAGACCGUGACAGACCCUCCACCGCUCCAGACCGUGACAGACCCUCCACCGCUCCAAUCCGUGACAGACCCUCCACCGCCCCAGACCACUCCAGACCCUCCACCGCCCCAGACCGUGACAGACCCUCCACCGCCCCAGACCAUGACAGACCCUCCACCGCCCCAGACCGUGACAGACCCUCCACCGCCCCAGACCGUGACAGACCCUCCACCGCUCCAGACCGUGACAGACCCUCCACCGCUCCAGACCGUGACAGACCCUCCACCGCCCCAGACCGUGACAGACCCUCCACCGCCCCAGACCGUGACAGACCCUCCACCGCCCCAGACCGUGACAGACCCUCCACCGCUCCAGACCGUGACAGACCCUCCACUGCUCCAGACCGUGACAGACCCUCCACCGCCCCAGACCGUGACAGACCCUCCACCGCCCCAGGCCGUGACAGACCCUCCACCGCUCCAGACCGUGACAGACCCUCCACCGCCCCAGACCGUGACAGACCCUCCACCACCCCAGACCGUGACAGACCCUCCACCGCCCCAGACCGUGACAGACUCUCCACCUCCCCAGACCGUGACAGACCCUCCACUGCCCCAGACCGUGACAGACCCUCCACUGCCCCAGACCGUGACAGACCCUCCACUGCCCCAGACCGUGACAGACCCUCCACUGCCCCAGACCGUGACAGACCCUCCACUUCCCCAGACCGUGAUAGACCCUCCACUACCCCAGACCGUGACAGACCCUCCACCGCCCCAGACCCUCCACCGCCCCAGACCACACUCCACCGCCCCAGACCGUGACAGACCCUCCACUGCCCCAGACCGUGACAGACCCUCCACCGCCCCAGACACUCCACCGCCCCAGACCGUGACAGACCCUCCACUGCCCCAGACCGUGACAGACCCUCCACCGCCCCAGACCGUGACAGACCCUCCACCGCCCCAGACCGUGACAGACCCUCCACCGCCCCAGACCGUGACAGACCCUCCACCGCCCCAGACCGUGACAGACCCUCCACCGCCCCAGACCGUGACAGACCCUCCACCGCCCCAGACCGUGACAGACCCUCCACCGCCCCAGACCCUCCACCGCCCCAGACCACCCUCCACCGCCCCAGACCGUGACAGACCCUCCACCGCCCCAGACCGUGACAGACCCUCCACCGCCCCAGACCGUGACAGACCCUCCACCGCCCCAGACCGUGACAGACCCUCCACCGCUCCAGACCGUGACAGACCCUCCACCGCCCCAGACCGUGACAGACCCUCCACCGCCCCAGACCGUGACAGACCCUCCACCGCCCCAGACCGUGACAGACCCUCCACCGCCCCAGACCGUGACAGACCCUCCACCGCCCCAGACCGUGACAGACCCUCCACCGCCCCAGACCGUAACAGACCCUCCACCGCUCCAGAGUACCAGCCUCGUUGUAACUCUCAUUCCUUCGACGAUAAACACGAGUCCGACCAUCACUCCUGGUGA